AUGUUUCUUUCACUCGUUUUAACAAUGUUCAAACUGCACGGAAUGCUACAACAUCAAGUUAAUAUGUAUGAUACUGCACAUGGUCUCGAUAAGUAUUGUCUUCUGUAUGACGUUCGUAAGGAUAUCGGGGAUUACGAGGAACCAUAUAUACUGACACAUCAGGUAAUUCCAUAUUGUAUCCGAUUAUCGAACGAAAGUAUUCUGGAUGAAGAUAUCAGUAUUGAUAAUACGAUUCAUAAUGGUUUAAAGUUUGCUGAAUUACGAGCGAAAAAUAUUUCUAGUAAACAGUUACUGUCUUGGUCAGCCACUAUUGGUUUAGCCGAAUGA